ACUGUCAAAGGCUCUCAAAAACUGAACUCUGAACUACUCUGAAGUCUGAAGGAAAAAUCACUACCUACACGUAGGUACCUAUCACUUCACUCCCUCAAGUCAAAAAUCAAAAUUAAAAAUUCAGAUGUAGGUACCUACUAGGCACUGGCUACUAGGUACUUAGUAAUAAGUAGACAGGGACACUCUUGGUAUCUACAUUAUCUAUAGUUGUGCAAUGUGCAGGAAUCAAAGCAUUGAGGAUUAACUAAUUUGUGUAUGUAGGUUAAUUAUUGUUGUAUUCAGUAGACAAUAUGUAUCCAGAUACCAUUAAAACAAUAAUGCCUGUUUAAAACUACUAAAAUGUUUGAAUGGGCUUAUAGUGGUGCUAAUAGAGCUGUUCCUAGAAAUGUUGGCCCUGAAUGUGCAUAUUUUCUUUCAACCCAAAGACAGAUUAUUGAAACUGUAAUUGUUGUAGCAGUUUGCAUUUAUAUAAUUGUUAAAACAUAUCCAAAAUUGCACAUUCCUGAAGAUGCUGCCUAUAUCAAAAGUGAUAGAGGUGGUAAAAGAUUAUUAGUAAUUCUUCUGGCACUACUAUGGGGUAUGGAAAUCGGUUUCAAAUUUGCUUCUCGCACUAUAAUUUAUUUGUUGAAUCCCUGCCAUGUUACAACUCUUAUUCAGAUAUAUUUAUUAGCAGCACCACCUAGCAAAUUUGUAACAGCACUAUUUCGAAUUCACCUGAACUUACUAAAUGGACCUCUUCUAGCUUUCUUAUUUCCAGAAACAGCAUCAAGAACUAUAUUUGCAGAAGCAUCAUUAUAUUGGAUUCAACAUGGGAUGAUGUUUGUCAUUCCUUACUAUCUACUCAGAAUUGGUGGUGUAUAUAAUAUUGAACCCUUGUGGGAUUUUAAUUGGUCUAUUUUUAGCUACUGCCUUAAUCUAUUGUACCACUUCGUCAUCUUGCAAGUGAUUGCAAUUCCUGCUCAAGUAAACCUAAAUCAUAUGCUAUGUCCCGCCAUUCUGGACCCAUUCGAUGGGCCCUGGUACAGAAUGGCAGCUCUGGUUCAUCAAGCACUGCUGUGCCCAUUAUUAUGUAAAGUUUUUUGCCUCGUUGCAGACUUUUGCCUUACUAAAUUUCCGCCUACAAAAGUGAAACCAAAGAUGAAAGAUAAUUUAAUAGAUAAUAUAUUAGAGCAAAAGAAAUGUGUUGAUUAAUGAUAGUAAGUCCAAAUGUUUUUAGCUUAUCACUACAGUCUUUGCAGCAUACGUGAUAAAAUUGUGAUAUACGUGCGGUAAAGUCUGUAUAAGUACACGAUUUAUUAGCACCAGCUAGUUUUCAGUUGUAGUCAAUGAGCUGAAGCAAUAAUCAGCAAGCAAUAAAGAUAAAAGAGUACAAA